AUGUGUUCAUCUUAUAAUUGUAAACAAAUGCUUAUCAAAGAGGGUAAAACCCGAACAAAAGAUAAAUACCGAGUAGUAUACACAGAUCACCAGCGGCUGGAGCUGGAAAAAGAGUUUUAUUGCAGCAGAUACAUAACAAUCAGACGAAAAGCUGAACUAGCUUCGCAUUUAGCGCUCUCGGAACGACAGGUGAAAAUUUGGUUCCAAAACCGUCGCGCCAAGGAGCGUAAACAAGUAAAGAAGCGUGAAGAACUCGAACAAAAAGACGUUAAGCCUAAUAUACACCAAGAAGGUCUUCAAACACCCGGCGGAAUGGUCACUCUUUCAGCUCUGAGUGGGAUGAGCGGGAUGCUGAGUGGUUUGAUGCACAAUGGCAACUCGCCGCCUCUAAAUCUUGGACCUACGUCACACAGUUUAGGUCUCACUCACACCAGUUCAUCUAUUCAUUCACAUGCACACCAACAUGUCCACUCCCACAGUGUUCUUGGAUUGUGA